AUGGCAGAAGAUGCAGAUACGAUCGUUGAUGUACACUAUCAAGGGCUGUUUACACCUACCCCAUUGAUUUAUUUUGAUGGAGUAAAAGCCUUGAUUCAGGAGGAAGAAGUUGACCUUGAAGAUGAAGAUUUGGUUUCUAUUGAUGAUGUCGACUCCAUUUUAGAAGAUGGUCUGAAAGCUCAACAUGUAAAGGACAAUGACGUUAUAUCUCUCAAAAGAAAUUUCAAUGAUCCAUUCGUUAACAAACUUUGUCCAAUACAGAAUGAUGACUUGGUUGAAGAAGAUCAUAAUGCAAUAUGA